CAAGAGGGCACUACUUCCUCGUAGCCCUCACAAUCAAAACAUUAUUUGUGCGCAAUGGGUGAGUCUGCAUCCUCGAAUGGACAUUUUCUAAUCUAACGCUUGGCGCACAUCGUCGGGAAGCUCCUCGCACAGCGUUCGUUGCACCAUGCUACAGCUGAACGACACGGUGGAGCCGGAGAGCCCGGGCGCUGCGGUUCUCCACCCCGCAGAAACCGAGGAGGGGGUCGAGGUUGCUUUCACGCCGCCGGAGGCCGGACGAAGCCUCGGACACGGAGCCUCCGUGGCCUGCUGCCCCCCGUUACAAACGCUGACACCUUUUCAUGUGCAUAACCCCACAGUGCAGGCGAAGGUGAAGGACUACUUCGUGUUCAGGCCAGGUACCAUUGAGCAGGCUGUGAGCGACAUCAGGACGGUGGCACUCCCUUCUGAGGAUGGAGAGGUGCUCAGUGUCUGGCUGCUGGCUGAAAUUGACCACUGGAACAAUGAGAAGGAGAGACUUGUGCUUAUAACUGACAGGUCACUGCUGGUGUGCAAGUACGACUUCAUCAACCUGUUGUGUCAGCAGGUCAUCAGGAUCUCUCUCAACGCUGUAGACACCAUCUCAGUGGGCGAGUUUGAGUUCCCACCUAAAUCCCUUAACAAGAGAGAAGGCUACGGGAUUCGUGUCCAGUGGGACAAACGUCCUCGGGCCUCAUUCUUUAACCGCUGGAACCCCUGGUCCACAGACAUGCCCUACGCCACCUUCACAGAGCACCCUAUGGCCCAUGCUGACGAGAAGGUGGCCUCCCUCUGCCAGUUGGACAACUUCAGGACCCAGCUGGUGCAGGCAGUGAAGAAAGCCCACAAGGAGCACCCCAUCCCCGGUCGGGCUAACGGUGUCCUGAUCCUGGAGAGACCGCUGCUCAUCGAGACCUAUCUAGGCAUCAUGUCCUUCAUCAACAAUGAGGCCAAGUUGGGCUACUCCAUGACCCGUGGCAAGAUCGGCUUCUAGAAGCCUCAGUUUGUCCAAAUUACAACGACAGAGUUCAACCCAUGUGUCUGUGUUACACUGCGCUGUCCGAGGGAAGCUGUCGCUCCACCACAGUGUGAUGUGCAACCAAUCAGUGUGUGUAAGUUGAACCCAUGAGAUGUCCACACCUCCUUAAGUUGGUGUCACAGACAAGUGGUCAGCCUAGCUGUAGGUAAAUGAUGUGCAGCACUGCAUGGACUGUCUACUUAUUUGUUUUUUUAGUCCCCCCCCAGUCCCUUUCUGCCAUACCCAAGUGGGCCCUCAGGAGUGAAAUCCCAUGAGAUACAACUUUGAGAGAAAGGACACAGCAGUUGCUUAAUCACCUUUGUACUUAUACUAGAUCGAGCUUCUUGUAGUCUCAUGCUCCUUGUUUAACCGCUUGCUGACAGACGGUAAAAACUAAUGUGAUGUUUAGAUUUUGGUAGAGGAGUUCUAACAUCAGGGUUGUUGUUUCAGGUUUAAAGGUGAGCUUUGUGUCAGCUUUUCUCUGCAUCAAAAAAAAAGAAAAGGCCAGAGAAAGGAGAGCCAUCAGACGGUAACAUCCGCCAAGAAUAUGUUGCGUAUUUGCUACAUUAAUAUGGUUUGAAAUGAAGGAUUGUGUUAUUCACAUCAUAGGACCAUAGGGUAGAAUGGUCUUGGAAUGGAACAGAAGCUGAUGGAUUGAGUUUAAUGGUCAUGUCACAUGAUUAUUGUAAUAAACGUUACUAAUAAGGAAACUGUUCCAGGAUCUGCACUGCUACACUGAAAAGCUCUAGGCUCAGCCGUGUUAUACUUGUGGAAAAUAACAGCUGGGUUUUUUUCUUUUCAGCCUUAAUGAAACUUGUUCAGUGGAAAUGAUAAAUGACAUGUUGUGACCUUCCUCUCCUACAGGCCAAUGUUGUGCUUUCCAUGCUUAUAUUUGCCCAAAUCACGUGUUUGAUCAGAGUAGGGAGCUGCUGUACCACUUGGAGAGGUGCAUUAGCUACUACAGAUAAAAUGGUCUUGUAUGUUACAGAUGUUUUACGCAACAUGAAGUUGUAAACCACAUCUUUAUGUUUGUUUGUAAGUUGCCUUCAUCGUUCUUUAACAUUUGUUUUUGGCAUAGAUUUGCACUCAGCUGCAUUAAACUGCAGCGAGAAUAAUGGAUGACUUAUAAAAUGAAAUACAAGCAAACAAAGCUUUGUAUUAGUUCAUUAACUACAUACUGUAUGUAUCUUGUGAAUAGGGUUUAGGUGAAAUUUCUUUCUCUUUUUUUUUUUUAGCUGCAACCUAUCAUACAUCAUUGUGCUACCAAAGGUUACAGACCAUAUUUUCAUGCUCAACAAUGCCAAUGAAUAAUUGUGUCCCAAAAUGCCUUUUUUUUUCUGGUCUUAACUUGUGCAUGUUCCCUGCACGUUGAGUUUGCAUGACUGAUGUUUUUUAAAGGAAUAUCCUAAAUGAAUUUGUAAAAAACAAAUUAGGUUUUAUUUAUCUGCAGUUACUUUGACGUGGUUAAAACAUGAAUGCUUCUAUAAAAUGAAUAUUUCAUUGCCAGUUCUUAAGUAUUUUAUUUAGGGAUUUUGAGAGAGAUUAACUCAUUAUUACAAACUUGUAGAGGGUUAUUUUUUGUUCUAGAUAUUUGUAGCACAGUAGCCACAAUAGAGAAUAAUAAAUGUCUACAUGUUCUUGUCAGAGCCUCAGCUCUGGUUGUUGUAAAAUUACAUUUACAUUAAGUUUUUACUGUCCAGGACUGCAACAGAGUGAUUAGGUUACAGUUGCAAGUGACUGCACACUUUGAUUUUUAUAAAUGGGACAACAUACAGUUGAUGCCUUGAAGCCAAGUAAUACAGUCCUAAUAUAUUUAGUCCUGCCUGUUAAUUUGUUGUUUGGAUAUUUACUUGUAUUUCAGUUUGGUCAUAGCGGGUAACAACUAUUAAAUUCUAUCAGUAAUUAUACAUAUUUGCAGAUUAAAGAUAAUGUCACUCAUGUCAUAAAGAACUGCUUUAAAGUUACACACU